AUGGACGUCAACAGCGGCGGCGCGUCGGCGGUGGAGCUGCCGGAGAGCAUCUCCUCUGUUAUCCCGGGGUGGUUCUCGGAGAUUAGCCCAAUGUGGCCUGGGGAAGCUCACUCGUUGAAGGUUGAAAAAAUAUUAUUUCAGGGGAAGUCUGAUUACCAGAAUGUUUUGGUUUUUCAGUCAGCAUCAUAUGGAAAAGUUCUAGUGUUGGAUGGUGUGAUUCAACUCACCGAGAGGGAUGAAUGUGCUUAUCAAGAAAUGAUUACUCAUCUCCCACUCUGCUCCAUUCCGAAUCCGAAAAAGGUUCUGGUAAUUGGAGGAGGAGAUGGUGGUGUUUUGCGUGAAGUGUCUCGUCAUUCAUCGAUCGAGAAAAUAGAUAUAUGUGAGAUUGAUAAAAUGGUGGUUGAUGUUUCGAAACAAUUUUUCCCUCAUGUAGCAGUGGGGUAUGAUGAUCCUCGUGUGACAUUGCACAUUGGAGAUGGUAAAAUAUAA